CAGACCCUUGUCAAGUAUGUGCAAAGCAGGGCAGAGUCAGGGAGUGGGCCUGGUGGGCAGAGUCAGGAGAGACCCCAAGGGCCCUCUCUCAUUGUCCCUGCACUGAGCAUCCCAUGUGCAUUGUCCCCAGGGCCCUGCACACCCUCCUUGGACUGUUUCGGGGAGCAGCGUGUGUCCUCCUCCUGUUGUAGGCUUGUGACAGAACACUUGUGGCCUCAGUAGCUCCUUAGGUCCCUGGCCCUGCAACCCUCUGCUCCUGGCGGCAGUCAUCUUUCCUCAGAAGUGGUGUCUACCAAACUCACAGAAAUGCAAAAGGACAUGGAACUAACCACUGAGACAAGCCUGGCUUCAGAUGACGACGCCUUAGCUUUGAGGCAGAAGCUCGCAUCACUGCAAGUCAGAGACAAAGGUGACGUGGUUCUGGAGAGAAGACCCGAGGUGCAGCAGUGGAAAAGCCGGCACCUGCAACGCAUGGCCGAGGAGCUGAAGGCAGAGUGGCAGGAGGCCCAGCUACAGCAAAUCAAAGACCUGGAGCGGCUGUAUUUAGCCCGUCUGUUGGGUGGGAUUGCAAGGCAGGCAAUAGGACACGAACAUGACUUGGAGGGGCCCAUCCAUCAGCGAGCAAGAUCCCCGAGAGGCAGGGAGAAGCACAAAACUGCCUUUAGAGAGGGGAGGUGUCACAGGGAAGAGCCAUACAGACAACAAGCCUGGCACCACAAAUCGGGGAAGAAGACAGUGUGUCCAGAGAGGCGGGGGACUUCCAGACCCCGGGGGCUGAGUCCCCCUGAGAAAAACAAAGGAAAGCGAGCACCUUCUAGCAAGACCAGUAGCAGCCGCCGGUCCGUGAGCUCUCGGCUGAGCCGAGCCAUGGACCUAGCAAAGCUGAGUCCGCUCUUGGCCCCUGUGGAGGAAAUUGAGGGCCUGGAGGAAGAGGAAAUGGAACCGGCCCGGGAUGGGAGAAGGCAGGUGGGGAGGGGGACCCCUCACUUUAUGCAAGACCUGAAAUACAACUGGCGGGAUCAUAGUCCAGAGGGGAAACUGAAUGACCUAGAAGAGUUGUGGCCAGUCAGCAAUCCCGACAGAAGGAGCCCUACGCCCCCAGGGUCUCUGUUCAAGUGCGGUGAGAAGAACAAAUGGCAGAAAGAUCUGGAGUUUGCUUUUGAGGAGUUGUUUAAUACAAACAGGAAGCUGAAGAGGCACCUGAAUUUGCACCUUGAGCAGAGGCCCAGGGCAGAUCAGAACACGGAUGAAGAGCAGGGCUUCUCAGAGACCCAGGGACAGAGUAGUGACAUUUCGAGAUUGGAGUUGCCCAGGGUGAUGGAAGCAGUGCCUACUGGGGAGUCUGAGAGCGCAGCAGAGGCUGAGGCUGCAGAGAUGUCAUCCAAAACCAGUCUGGAAAGCCUGCUGAUCAAAACUGAAAAUCUCAAAUGUCAUCAGAUGGCUAAACCCAUGUUAAAAAAUGAAAGUCAGAUACUCUCUGAGGCAGGGAUAUCUACUGAUGAAGAGGACUUGCUCUUGCAAGUCCCCAAGUCAGCACAUGAGCCAUCCAGACUGGCCACACUGAUGGAGGAGCCCAGACUGACCACGCUGAUGGAGGAGCCCAGACUGACCAAGCUGAUGGAGGAGCCCAGACUGGCCACGCUGAUGGAGGAGCCCAGACUGGCCAAGCUGAUGGAGGAGCCCAGACUGACCAAGCUGAUGGAGGAGCCCAGACUGGCCACGCUGAUGGAGGAGCCCAGACUGGCCAAGCUGAUGGAGGAGCCCAGACUGGCCACACUCCUGGAGGAGCCCUCUCAGCCUUAUGCACAGAAGCACGAGGAAAGAACAGGAUGGAUGGCUUUGAGGCAGAAGCAGAAAGCAGAGAUGGAGCAGAGAAGGCAGAAGACCCUGUCAGGGCAGAUGGAACACCCAGACAUGAGUUUAGAAAUCCACUACAAGGCUGAGCUGGAGGAAGAGCGACGGGAACGCAGAAGAACUCGCUUGGCCAUUCUGAAAGCUUAUCCCAACGGACUCCAUACCAGGGGAGGAGGAUCUGACUACAGAAUCACUUCCUUCUCAGGCAGCAGCCUUCUCAACGAGGAAAGACACAAGCAGAUGAUCCAUGAUCUUCAACAGCAGAUUUCAGAGCAAAACAAGUUGCACAAGCAGUUUCUGGAAAAAGCCAGGAAACGCUUGGAAGACUUUCAGAAAACAUGUUAAAGGCAAGUCCCACCCAUGAUAAAUACAUCACUAGUGUCCAUUUGCCUGCCCUGUACCUGCGUGUCUAAGGUCUGUCUGUGCCUCAUCCCCCUCUGGCUUCCCUAAAAUCACAUUACACCACCCUCCAGGCAAAGCUCCUUCCCACAAAAAUAGAGCCUGUUGUGGGGUCCAGGGAGCCAGUCCAGCCCACGUACCGCAGGCGAGUCUCCCACAGGGGCGUCUGUUUUUGUGUGCUGCAGACAUAUGGAAACUCCAGGUAAAAUCAUCUUUUCAGAUGUUUGAGCCCAAUAAACACUGGACUUUUAAGGGCAUCCCGGGUCAGGCAGGCACAGUUUCAAAAGAUACUUCAUCUGUUGCUUAGCCACUGGCUGAGACAUUGACAGAGGGACUGACUGCACUAAAGCCUCUCUUGGCCCCUUUAAAACAAUCAGGCCAAUGUUGUUCUAUAGCACAACUUUUCACCAUUCUUAGGUCCUGGGGGCUGGGGGGAGGCAACCCCAGCUUUGCUGGGUGACUCCCCCUGGGGCUGGCAGUGUGGGAGAACCUGGUGUUUGGUCAGUUUCCUAACUCCUUAACUUCACUUCAGAAUCAGUAGCUGUAGCAGCCACCCUGGGUAGGUUUUUUUCUCUGCCAUUUUGCAGGCUUAGGGACUAUGACAAGGGUCAACAGAGUUUUUCCCCAAAGAGCCAGAUAGUAAAUGCUUUAGCUUUGCCAGUCAGCCUCUGGACACUGCUCAGCUCUGCUACUGGGACUCAAAAGCAGCCACAGAGGAUGCAGACAUGAGAGGGUGUGGCCAAGUUUACUAGGACUUGAUUGACAGAAAUAGAUGGUGGCUGAAUGUGACCCUUGGGCCACAGUUUGCUGGUCCCUGGACUGGGAGAAUUCUGAGCCUCCUCCCUUCUUCCUCCACUUCCUCUCUCCUUCCCUUCCCAAUUCCU